AUGGAGCUGCUUCGGGGGCUGUCGCUUCAAGAGAAGCUAGCGUACUUCUAUUGCUCGUUUGUACACGAAGAGACUGUAGACCCCGAGGUGGAUGGUGAUGCCGUACGUCGUUGGGAAAAGAUUACGACGUCUCGCCGUAAAUCCCGUGAACGCGUGUGCAUUCUACUGAACCAGAUGGAGAACACGUCGGCGGUGAAUGUGCGUAUGCUGGACAAAAGCUACCGCGCUAAGCGCGAGCUGCUUUUUUUAUCAGAGGGAACUAUACGUGCGGUGGCCAGCAGUAGUAGCGUCUCCCGUGGUGGCAUCUUGGCGCAAGUAGACGCCGCUCGAGCAAAUAACGAGUUGCUGCAGGAAUGUGGUGCUCUUUCAGUAUUCACCGAUCGUUUGAUGCGCUCAAUUCAUGCAUUCCGUGGACUGAACUUCCAACAUUUGGAUUUGGAUCAAGUUGACGCACUCAUUAACGAUCUGCAGCAAGACAUGGUGCUAGUGUACAUGCUGAUUGUCUUUAACUCACACAAAAAGAACGUUGUGUUCGACCGCCAGCUUAUGAUGAUUGGCAUCAUGAAUCCAUCGUACUCGCUGGUAUCCAUUCUAGACUGUGUGAGUCAGCUGAAUGUGCUGCCUGGUUUUCCAAUCAAGAGACUGCUUUUACUGUUCUACGAAUGGUUCUCUGCUGUGAUGGGGAGCUUUGACGAUCUUGCUGCACUCAAGCGACUGCGUCGUGAACGGAGCGAUAUCGACCCAUCUAUUUUGAAGGAUGAUGCAGAAGGUGUACUGCACUGCAAGACGUUCAAACCGUAUUAUGAUAUGAUUCAACUGGAUCCGCAGGACCCGUACUAUUUGCAAAAGAAAAAGUUUGCGAAGAAGCGUGAGGCCAUCCACAACAAGUACUUGCAUAAAGCAAAUUAUGAGCUCAAAAGUCACCAGUCUAGUAAUGCUGAUCUAGCUACAAAGCCGCUGGACGCCCUCGAUGACGAAUGGGAAGAGCGUGUGGAAACCUUGUACCAGCUCCUUCUGCCCUGCAUGCGCGACUACACUACGUUUCUGGGAAAUCUCGUGACACUGUCCUGUGGAAGUGCACUAAAUGCGCGCGAUAAGAAGACGUUCUACUCCCGACGACCGUCUGGUGCUGAUCAAUACAGCAUGGCAGAUUUCUCUGCUCCUGGCGGCGAGAACAGUAACGACAAUCUGUUUUGGAAGUGGAUUCUCCGCGAAAAGACAAUCGUUUUGGAUGUAUCGAACUUAAUUAUCUUGCUACUUUACAAGCAUUUCCGUGCAAGCCAUGCGUGCAAGGCAGAGUACUUUAUGCAAUUUUUCCUGGAAGCAAACGUGCUGGCGACACUGACCAAAUUCAUGAAUAAGGAUAUUGGCACGUAUCUUCAGGUAUCCCGUCAAGAAUCAGACGAGUCUAAGACGGGGUUCGCUGCGCUUGAAAAGGAGCUGGACAAGCAUACUAUCCGUUUCGAGGAAGACAUGAACGAAUACGCUAUUCAGUCUACACGGACGAUUACGAGCAUUUUGAGGGUUUUGCAGAAGCUGACAAAAAGGAAGCCCAACAUUAUCAAAAAUGCUCUUUGUCGAGGGCAAACAAUUGUCUGGUUAAAGCGUGUGGCAGCUCUUCAGAUCCCAUUGCCACGCUUGUAUGCCUUAAAAUUGGUGAAGUCACAAGCGAAGUAUCUAGGUCAUCAGUGGAUAAAGAAGUACACGUGUUUCAGCAUGCUUACGGAAGUGUAUCUGUACGUGCGGCCAGAAUUAGAUGAUGACUGGUUGCACUACGAGGAUGAGGACUUGAACAAGCCUCCAUCACAGGAUUCGGUGGAGAGGAUCAAUUUUGGCGAGAUGCAAGCGUAUCAUCACAAACAUUACUUUGAUUCUCCAUUUGGAGGCAUUAAGCCACUUCCGGGUGGAGUCUCGUUAAUCUGCGAGGACCGCAAGGAGCUCGGCUCAGACUUGUUCAUCCCAGAUGGUGGACGCUUGGUAAAAAUGUACAGCGGUAUUAAGCUAGACCCGGUCAACUUCUGCAAACAGUAUGAAAGCUGGCUUGACGCUGAGAAAGUCACACGUGACUUGAAGGCGGAUGCGGCAUUACUUCCCAUUUCGUUCCAGUGA